AUGCGUCCGACGGUGAGCCUCCCCGCUCUCUCCGACGUCAAGACGUCUGCUCAGACUCUGCACGCCAUCAUGGGUCUUCCGUCGCAUCCGUGCUCGUACUCCUGUGCUUCCUCCCCCGACCUCAGCCAGCCGUCGGCCGGUCCGCUCUCCUCUCUCAUCCCCAGCUCUAUCCCCCGUCCGCUUCCGUCGCCGCCUCUGGGAUUCAAGGGCUACGACGAGCCCAUGAACAACGACGACGACAUCAGCAACAACAACAACGACAACAACGACGACAACAACAACAAUGACAACGACAACGACAGCAGCAGCAGCAGCAGCAGCAGCAGCAGCAGCAAGCUCCGCACACCCCUGCCUCUGGCGGGUACCAAGCGUCGCAGGUCAUCCUGCGCAGACGGCGACGAGGACGGCAACGACGGUGACGAGCGCCAGUCUCAGAGCCGGAGCCGGGACCCGCGCGCCGACCAGGAUGCGCCGCGGAAGAGGAGCCACCCGUCGGCACACGGCCUUCCCAGGACCCCCAGGCCCGCCGCGGUCGGCCCUCCCGAGAUCCCUCGGGGUCUCCACCGCAGCGACUUUCUCGACGAAGGCCGUCAGCAGCCGGCCGAGGGGACACUCCGUCGCGGUCGCUGGUCCCCGAGAGAUGACGGCAUGCUCAUCGACUGGUUCAUCAACACGGCCGCCAUCUCGGAUGAUCAGUGGAGCGAGUGCGCCGCCCGACUCGGCUACGACAGCCCCGACGGCCUCUCUCGCCGCUGGCGCGACCUGGUCAACAAGCGCCGCGUCGGCGUCAGCAGGUCGACAGACAGGACACCCACGUCUCGCGCGCGUCGGACAUGGUCGCGUGCCUAA